CAGGCUUUCCCCAUGCUGGUUGGGGACAUGGACAACAGCGGCAGCCUCAACGCCCAGGUCCUGCACCUCCUGGCCGAGCGCCUGCGCGCCAAAGCCGUCUUCCAGACGCACCAGGCCAAGUUCGUGACGUGGCAGUUCGACGGCGAGUACCGGGGCGACGACUGCACCGCCACCCUCACGCUGGGCAACCCCGACCUCCUCGGCGAGUCCGUGAUCCUGGUGGCGCAUUUCCUGCAGAGCGUCACCUCCCGCCUGGUGCUGGGCGGCGAGAUGGUUUACCACCGGCGGCCGGGCGAGGAAGGCGCCAUCCUCACGCUGGCGGGCAAAUACACGGCCCCGAACUGGGUGGCCACGCUCAACGUGGGCUACGGCGGCGCCCACGCCAGCUACUACCACAGAGCCAACGAGCAGGUGCAGGUCGGGGUGGAGCUGGAGGCCAACACGCGGCUGCAGGACACCACCUUCGCCUUCGGCUACCAGCUCAACCUGCCGCAGGCCAACGUCGUCUUCAGAGGGCUCCUGGACAGCAACUGGAGCGUCGGGGGGGUGCUGGAGAAGAAGCUGCCCCCGCUGCCCGUCACCCUGGCUCUGGGCGCCUUCCUCAACCACUGGAAGAACCGCUUCCACUGCGGCUUCAGCGUCAUCGUGGGCUGAGGGGCGCCGCCUGUCCCCCCCUCCCGUCCUGCUCAGGGAGCCACCGUGCCACCGGCCGUCGCCCGACCCCCGGGGU